ACUCGUGUCGCCAAAGUUCACCAAUUUCCCUCCGUAACGUCACGUGACGUGGGCCCCACCCCUUUCCCCUCCAGAAGGCCAACUCUUCUCUGCCUCACUCUGGAAAUCUCUCUCUCUCUCUCUCUCUCUCUCUCUCUCUUACUCUUCUGUGGGAAGGCUCUGCAUGUUGGAAGUUUGGUUGAUGUUUACUUUGUGAAGAUUCUGGCGAUGUGUGGACGAAACUCUGUGCGUAUCUCUGAUUGCGGUUUCUGUUUCGGUUUUGUGAUUAGUUGUGGCUUCUUCAGAGAUGUUUGAUUGGAACGACGAGGAGCUUGCAAACAUAAUAUGGGGUGAGGCAGGUGAGAAUGAUGAUCAUAUUGUGCCUUAUCCUGAGGCAAGUGAUGAUUAUUGCAACAAGAAGGAAUGGGGUCAAGAAUCUCAUACCAUCAAGCCUACUGAACGGAAGACCCCUGUGGCCAAAAUUGACUUGCAUAGCAGUUCCAACUUUGACACCAUUGAAGGAAUUUCAACCUCUGAAUUUGGAAUGGACUCGUGGCCUGAUUUAUCUUUAUCUGAUGUUGCCAAAACUGAACAGCAUUGCAUAGCUGAGACAAUUCAACUUGAUAAAGAUGGUGAAAAUUUUCAAAAUUCCAAUGAAGCUAAAGAACAAGGUGAUCUUGUUGACUUUGGGUGGGCUAACAUUGGAAGUUUUGAUGAUCUUGAUCAGAUUUUCAGCAAUGAUGACUCCAUCUUUGGCCAUGCAAGUCUUGGUAACACUGACGAGCUAUGGUCUUCUUCUAGAGAUGCAACUACAAGUCCAAUCAAAGCCUUUCCUGUAUCUUCAGACUCACCAAGUUUCACAUCAGGAGCACUAAGCAAUGCAUCUGAGAAAUUGGAAAUUAAAACAGAAUAUGCCCAGAAAGAUGACGAGUCAAUCACCCCUGGCUAUGGAAAGACGAAUUAUUCUGCAUCUCAUGGUCUGCAGAAUGCACAUUUGAUUCUUGAUCAUGUGGAAUAUGCUGGUGGUAAAAGUAAGCCCAUGGCAAAGGAACAGACAGAUUUGGACAUGGGAAAAAGCACUCUGACAAAUUCUUACUUGAUUGCUGAGAAUUCUUCUACCCCAAAUGAAAUAGCUAAUAAGGGUUCUAGACUCAGAAAAAUUAUGAGGGGUCGCAGAAAGUUGGAGGAGAAAAGUGAGGAGAAAUCAUUGCAAGAUUUUUAUGGCACAUGGCCUUCAUCAAGAACCCCUUCUGGACAUUCUGAGAACCAAUUGGCACACUUCAUGCUACAAUCUUCUCCUUCUUCAGAGCUCAGCCAGAAGAGACAGCUUCAAGGACCUGAGUCUUUUCCAUACCAACAUAUCUCAAACCAAUAUGUGGCCCAGUCUAUGUAUGGGAACCUCACUAAUCCAAACCAUGCUACAUACGUGCCGUCUCACAUUCAGCCUGGGGAGUUGAAGCAUCAACAUUGUUUUUCUAGUUAUGAAGUUUCUCCUGGGAGUGCAAGGGCUAUAAACAAGUCAGCAGAUACUUCUGUGAAGCCUCUGACCAUGACUCCUCAAGAAAAAAUUGAAAAGUUAAGGAGGCGGCAGCAACUACAGGCAAUGCUUGCCAUUCAGAAACAACAGCAACAAUUUAGUCAUCAAAUCUGUAGUACCAAUCAUUCUACCACUCAAAAAUGUCCUCAAGAAAAUAAAAUUCAGCAUUUUGAGAAAGCUGAUCUGGAAGUUGAAGGCUUUAGCACUCUUCCUUCUCUGGACCCAAACUCAUCCGCAGAACAAGAUGAUUCUGGUAUGGUUUCUGCAGCAGUUGAUGAUUACUCAACGGAGGAUACAAUACUUUACAGGCUUCAAGAUAUUAUAUCAAAGUUGGACAUCAAAAUAAGACUUUGCAUACGGGAUAGCUUGUUCCGGUUGGCUGAAAGUGCAAUGCAAAGGCAUUAUGCUAUUGAUACUAGCAGUUCAAACAAAACUAGCAAGGAUGAGGAUGAAGUCGUUGCAAAGGAGGACACCAAUAGUCAUAACAGGCAUGGUAGGAUGCUAGAUGUCGAAACAGAGACCAAUCCCAUAGAUCGAAUCGUGGCCCAUUUGCUCUUCCAUAGGCAUUUGGAUUUAUCGGAGAAACAUACUGACGCACCUGAAUCACCUGUUUCUUCUAAGUUGACAUGUGAACACAAAGCAGGUUUAUUUAACGUGUCGAAUGAAUGCUUGCCAGACAGUUUGAAGAACAAACAAUGUUCUCCUCGUCAGGGAUCUACAAAUUAUUGCCCAUUGGGUGAGCCCCAUUCUUCGGACCUGUUUAAAAAAGGUCCUUUGAUGGACAACUCAGAAAACGCAUCUAACAAUGGUCCGACACAUGGUGGAGCUAUGAAGGCUGAAGCCUCUCUGUGAACAAAUAUGUGUCACAUAAUUUGAUAAGGCCAACCACGAUCUUCAUCAAGUGUGGUCAUGGAGCUUUCGGCAACACUAUCGAUGGGGAGUAUCCUAUAAAUGAAUGCGCUUCAUAAAAAGGUUGCAUGUUUCAAGACAAUGUUCAGUAUAAGUAGUUAUGUACGUGUCAACUGUCAUAAGAUUGGCUAAAGUGCCUCACAUAUACGAGGCCAUACCUUGCUACCUGUGUGAGUAACUAUGUAUGAAGAGUUGGAGCUGCAUAUUUAGCUAGUAUUUCAGCUCCUAACAAAUUUAUGCGUUCAACUUGCAAAAAUAAAUCCAGAGGUAAUAUGUCCUUAGAUAAAGUAAAUAUCUUAGAUUGUUAAAUAAGAUAUGAAUACUUGAUUUACAUUGUCCAGCUGCACAAACGACAAGCUAGUUUUUCGGU